CAAAAACAAAGGAAUCUGUGUGGGAGCAGGCAGUGAGAAAACGUCAAAACAAAUAGAGCUACAGACAGAUACAUGUGUACGAUCUGUAGAAUAUAUUAUAUAUAGAAAAUAAAAUAUCAGCCAGAGCCAUCGGCCGAUACAGCUACAGAUAUCCAUCCAUCCUCUCUGUACCUAUGCUUGCGACAACAAUUAUCACGUUAUCAACUGCAAGAGCAGCAGCGCCAGCAGCCGCCGUCUAAUCGUUAGUCAGUCGUGCCACACAGUCCGUAACCUUUUUGCAAAGAAGGAAUAAAGGCAGAGCAAAAAGGCUUUGCCCAGUGUGAAGAAUAUAAAUUCGGCCAGCGCGCACCCCCAACGACACAAAACAGCCUCAAGAUUCUGCCAUUUGGGGCCAACUUUCGUCUGGAGACGACACCCGGUGAGAUGCACAAAAUAGGCGCACAGCCGCCAUCCUCAGCGCCAGCUGGUGGACUCGAUGCGCCACUGGCGGCGCCCAAAUAUGGCACAUUGAUACCAAAUCGCAUAUUUGUGGGAGGAAUAAGUGGCGAUACCACCGAAGCUGAUUUAACGCGCGUCUUCAGUGCUUAUGGUACGGUGAAGAGCACCAAAAUUAUAGUGGAUCGUGCUGGUGUGAGCAAGGGUUAUGGCUUUGUCACAUUCGAGACGGAGCAGGAGGCGCAAAGACUGCAAUCGGAUGGUGAGUGCGUGGUUCUACGUGAUCGCAAAUUGAACAUUGCGCCGGCCAUCAAGAAACAGGUAUUCCUCUUCGAACAGCCCAAUCCUCUGCAGUCGAUUGUGGCCACAAAUGGAGCUGUUUACUAUACAACCACGCCGCCGGCACCGAUAAGCAAUAUACCGAUGGAUCAAUUUGCAGCCGCUGUAUAUCCGCCAGUUACUGACUUUACAGCCGCUGGAGUGCCAGCCAUCUACCCACCUUCAGCCAUGCAAUAUCAGCCAUUCUAUCAGUACUACAGUGUGCCAAUGCAGAAUGUACCCACCAUUUGGCCUCAGAACUAUCAAGGAAUUUAUCCAUGUUAACUUUUGAGAGAGGAUGCAGACAGCCAGUGAGAGAGAAAGCAACAAUAGGUGAUGCUACUACUACUACUACAACAACAAACUACAACUACAUCCACAAGAAAAACAACAACAAGAACAGCAACAGCAACAAAAGUAAACUACAACAACAGCAUCAAAUAGAGUUUAACACACACAGAUACACUACACCCAUACAUACACAACAGCUGCAAUUUCGCAAAAUGUUUAGUCAAAGGAGAAAAUCAUAUUGGAAGGAAGUGAAGGAGAAGCUCUUCAUACACACAGACAGACACACACAGCGACAGAGCCAGAGAAGCAGAAGGGAAAAGCAUUUCUCCGUUGGGGAAAUAUGUGUAAAGUAAGCUGCUUAUGCUAUUAAAGGUACAACUACUGUAUCUGUGUGCAGGUAGGGUCUGUCCGCCAGUUUGCUUGUGUGUCUGUGUGCUGGAGAUGGAAUUUGUUGGUGCAAACAUUUAUGAUGUGCAAUUAGCGGAGAGCAAGAACGAGUAGAACAGAGUGGGGCUUACUGACAAGCUGCACCACCGGAAAGUCAGUUAGCAGAGAAAGGAAAUGCUAAUGGGAAAUACAGUGAAAUUCCCCUAAACGGACAGCGGACAGUUCCCAAAAACUAAAGAUACAUAAUGUAUGUCCAGCUGUGAAGGGGGGAAUUUCAACUGUAGAUUGUAGAGAGGCAAGUUGAACACUUGAACAAUAUUUAAAAACUAUACUAUAAAUAUAAUAUGGAUAUGAUACUUACUAUAUACAUAACUGGAUUAUACAGAGGCAGCAAAUGUGAAAAGUACGCACGCACACAAACACAGAAACACCCACACACACACAGACACACAAAAUAUAUACUAUAGAUAAUAACGGAAUACAAAAUUGCAUACAUAUAUACAGAUAUAGGAUAUAUAUAAACGAUAUAUGGUAGCUAAGAGAAGAGAAGCGCAGAUGGCAGGGCAGCGAUCGAAGAUUAAAGACAUAAAAUUAUGCAUAAAUUAAUUUAUAUAAAUAUAUACAUACAAUACACAUAUAUACAAUAUACAGUACAUAUAUAUAUAAUGAAAAAAAUAACUGUAACUCGUAAGUGUAACUGUAACUGUAAACUGGUAUACUGUUAUACACAGUCAUACACGCAUACACAUACAGCGAUACAAAGCAAAAAGAUGAUGAGAAGAAAGGGAAGUGGAUUAAGGAAAUGAAUUAGCAAAGUAGACGACGGACAAAGUCAAAGCAAAAGCUACGCACACACUAACACACAAACAAACACACACACAGAAGAGGGAGAGACACCACCCCGCUCUCUCAUCGAUCAAAACACUUUCUUGCAAAAGAAAAAACUGAACGAAAAACAAACCUUAGUCUAAACGAAAAAAAAAACAACAAAAAAGAAAACAAAAUAUACUAUUCAUACUAUACAUAUUUACUAAAAAAGCAAGAGACAUGAAAAUGUUAGAUCUAGUUACAUAAGCCAAGCAAAAAGUGAACUAAAAAAACGAUGAAGCGAAAAGUGAGUGGAAAAUAGAGGAAAAAAAAUAGAAGAACACACUAUACAAUAAAGAUAUUCAAAAUAUGAUGCGAAAAACGUACACAAAACGCUCACAUAUACCACAUACAUAUGUAUAUUGCAUGUAUGUAUGUGUGCGAGACGACAUAUACAUACUCGUAUAGAGAGACUAUUAAAAAGCUAAACUCAAAGCUCUAGCAAAAUGGAAAAAUAAAAACAUAAAAAAUGAUAAGUAAAUAGUUAAAAAAAACAAAAACUCAAGCAAUACAUAGACACUCAUAGGUGUGUGUUACACAAGAAUAUAGUUAAAUAUAUAUAUAAAUAAAAAUCGAAGAAUAAAUAAUAAUUUAACAGCAAUUUAUAAUAUAAUAAAAAGAAAGAAAGGAAAUAAGUGAAGUGAAAACUAAUGUACAUCAAGCAAAAUGCGAAAUCUGCAAGAAUGUUGUUUUAUCAUCUCUGUUUUUUCUACCGUACAUACAAUACUUACAUACCCCAAGAGUAAACGUAACAUAACAAAUUCUGUUGUAUCUACACACUUGUAUUGUUAUGACGAUGAUGAUGAUGAAUCAAAAACAGGAAUGUCUGAAUGUUUGUUAACCAAAAAAUUGUUUAAAUACGAAUCGGAGUAGGGCAACAUUUGCGGGGGCAGAAUGUAGUGAUAGGGGGGAGGCUGGUGAGGCGACUGGCGAGGCGAGAAUUCCAUUCAAAAUUGGUGCAUAAUUUGGCUGAAAUUCGAAAUAAAAAUAUUCAUAUAUUAUAUAUACUCGUGUGCAUGUGUGUAUGCCUUAUUGAACGAAAAACCAUGAAAUUAUUUGCCCCUAUUGUAAAGAACAUAAUAAACAAGAGAACCCAGAGGUUUCAAAAAUACCUGCUAAAUAACAACAACAACAACCAGAGGUCGCCCGAGGAGUCGCCACAGAAAGCAACCAACCAACCUCCACCAUGCAUACCAUAGAAAAACCCUCACAGAGUGUCAGUCGAUACACGCUGCCUGCCACCGCAAAUGCAGCUAAACUUUCGAUUCAAUAAAUUGUUGAGAAAUUUUUACUAAAUUGUUAAAUAGUUAAA